AUGGCAAAUGAAGUGCAAGUCCUGCUCUCCCCGCUGAAAGGGGGGCAUCCUCCUGCAGUAAAAGCUGGAGGAAUGCGAAUUUCCAAAAAACAAGAAAUUGGCGUCUUUGAGAGACAUACCAAAAAGACGGGAUUAGAGAAAACAAGUGCCAUUGCAAAUAUUGCCAAACUGCAGGCGAUGGAUACCCUGAACGACACACUGGAGAAGCUCAGCCAUAAAUUUCCAACAGCAGUGCAUAUGGCACAUCAGAAACCCAGACCUGCUCUGGAGAAGGUCACUCCACUGAAAAGGAUCCACAUUAUUCAGCAGCCUCGAAAAUGUUAAGCUGGGACAUAAAACACAGCCAUCUGGCCAACUGCCUCGAACAUCUGACAGCUUAGCAAAAGGCCCAGAACUCUCCAUAGGUCUAGUGCACUUGCUUGGUAAA